ACCAAAAUCGUUUGACUUACACAAAACACAUUUUUUAUACUGCAAAAAUUCUAGUACCUUAUAACAAUGUCUUUCACUUUCGGCGCAAAAACUACAGCUCCACCAGCGUUUGGGACACCAACAGCAACAUUUGGGCAAGCCCCAGCACAAACAGGUUUUUCCUUUGGAUCAACUGCAACACCAAAUGCCGCACCAGCCCCCAGUUUGUUUGGGACACCGAGCUCACAAACUCAAACAGGCUUCAACUUUGGUACACCCGCAGCAUCUACUCCAGGAUUUGGUGCGACAGCAACUAGUACCCCUGCCUUCGGUGCCGCAGCCACAAGCACACCUGCUUUCGGUGCCCCCGCCGCUGCUCCAGCCUUCGGAGCGCCCGCAACCGCCCCCGCUUUCGGUGCCACCACCGGAUUUGGUGCAGCCACUCCGGCGGCCCCCACAUUCGGUGCUCCGGCAGCGGCUGCACCAGCUUUCGGCGCACCCGCAACGUGUGCACCCAGUUUCGGAUUGUCCACGGCCACGGCGACACCCAGUUUUGGCCUUCAGACUUCUACGACGACUCCAAGUUUGUUCGGCACUCCGGCUACGACGGCGGCGACGGGAUUGUUCGGCCUGAGCAACACAAGCGCGGCUACUGCCGCGCAACCCGCUGGUUUUAGUUUUGGAGCCACCAGCACAGCUUUGCCAACUGCCAGUGUAGCCCCGACUUUACAACCCGCGGCGCCGGCUACUGGAUUCACUUUAGGGGCACCCGCCAGUACGGCCGCACCAACAGGUGGAUUGACGUUUGGAGCUCCAGCAGCAAGUUCAGCUGCUCCUACUUUAGGGUCAUUCGGUAUUACAAGUACAGCUGCAACUACAGCUAAACCAACAUUUGGAUUCACAACAUUAACGCCAGCAAGUGCUCCUUCAACUACUGGUUUUAGUUUAGGUGGUUUAGGGGGAACGUCAAAGACUACAGCUACCACCACGACGAUAACAACGGCUCCCACUGUCGUAGGUCUUGGCGGCAUAGCAACAACAGAGUCCAAGUCUGGUGCCAAAGAGUGUGCCAAAAAAGAAGUUUCACCCAAAGACCAGCCCUUACCCAAUGAAAUUUUGCAAACCGUGGAAAACUUCAAAACGGUUAUCAAAGAUCAAAAAAGCUACAGUUCAGACAUUGCCCGUUGCUCCCUCAGGGACUAUUGCAAAGUGGAAAAAGAGAUUGAAACACUAAAUACAGUGCUGCAAGAGGUGGAAGCCCAGCUGCAGCGUAAUCGCAAUCUAACUGAGAGGUUGAAAUACGAUACGGCGAAGUGUUUGCAAAACGUGGACAUGGCGCAACGUACCCAAGAUACUCCACCCGGUUUGCAGUAUGAAAAUACGGCACCGGUAAAGUAUUUCAUUGAACUGGCAGACAGUUUCGAACGGGAGAUGAUGAGUCUUAAGACGCAGAUCGAGAGCGCCGGUCAGUACGUCAAGAACUGCGACGGAGAACAAGAUAUAACCAAUCAAGACAUCACCCUUGGAAUGAAAAGAUUGCACGAGACAUUCGUGGCGUUGGCAGGGCGUUUGCAAUCAGUCCACGGGCAGGUCGAAUCUCAAAAAGAAUCCUAUUACAACUUGCGCAGACACGUGUACAACGACACGACGAACCCUUUCAGUAAAUUGAACGUAACGAACGACGAGCAUAAAAACAUCGUGGUGCGGUCGCCACCUAAAGUUGCCACGGGUCCUACUCCAUUCAGCAACUUGAGUUUGGGUGGAAAUGGCAUAUCGGCGAUUACUGCCCAGCAACAAGCGCAAAAUGCUAGUUUAAUGGGGGCUAAGCCGCCCACAACUACAACUUUUGGUCUGCCCGGAUUUGGAGGAGGCGCGGCGGGAACCCAACCGUCGAACACUUCGUUGUUUGGUAACACGAGUCUCAAUCAACCUAACUUUUCAUUGGGAUCUAACACUUCUUUUCAGCUACAAAAGCCACCGUCAGGGAGUAAACGAGCCGCACAAUAAAAUUGUUACUAGUUUUAAAUGGUUAUUUUUAUAAUAAAUUAAUUAAUUAAUGAA